GCACACGCGAAGCUUCCAGAACCCGCCUCACGCGUCACGCAACCCCUCCCCUCUCUCUUUAAUACUAGCCACCCCCACCCCCACCCCCCCCCCCUCCCUCCUCCUCCGUUCCACCCCCACCGGAUUCAGAUUCGGGGAGAGCUUUAGCUCGCUCGCUCGCUGCUGCGAUGGCGUCGAAGCGGAUCCUCAAGGAGCUCAAGGACCUGCAGAAGGACCCGCCCACCUCCUGCAGCGCCGGCCCUGUGGCAGAAGAUAUGUUCCACUGGCAGGCAACACUGAUGGGUCCAUCAGAUAGUCCUUAUUCUGGAGGCGUAUUUUUGGUCACCAUUCAUUUUCCCCCAGACUAUCCAUUCAAACCGCCUAAGGUGGCAUUCAAGACAAAGGUAUUCCAUCCAAACAUUAACAGCAACGGAAGCAUCUGCCUUGAUAUCUUGAAGGAGCAGUGGAGUCCUGCAUUGACUAUUUCAAAGGUGCUACUCUCAAUUUGCUCACUGUUGACGGAUCCAAACCCUGAUGAUCCAUUGGUUCCAGAGAUUGCUCACAUGUACAAGACUGAUCGUGCCAAGUACGAGUCCACCGCAAGGAGCUGGACCCAGAAAUACGCGAUGGGCUAGCGUGGUUGAUAAUAAGAAAUAUGAUUCGCUCUCAAGAUGUAGUGCCAUUGUAUUACCUUGGAUUACUCCCGUAAUGUUCAGCAUUUGAGGAACAUCUAGAACCAAAUUGAUCAGUUCGAGUUGUUGUAUGGAAUCCUACUAUAGAGGUCCAGCUAUUGUAAAUUAUGUGGUGGUAAUCUAUUGAUUGUUGGUUUUAUGUUCCUGAGUUAAGUUCGUCUAUGGCUGAAAGGGAGAAACAUGGCUGAUAAGGAGAAACAAAUCCCUCAUUUCUUGUGAGUAUGCUUUUCGAAUGGCUGAAUGAUCAUAUUAACCUAAUUUUAAGUUUUAAA